GCGGACCCGGACGGCGCGCGGGCGGCGGGCAGGGAGGGCGGCCGGCGGGCAGCGGCCCCGGCCCCGCCGCGCGCACUGCCAUGGUGGGCCGGCUGAGCCUGCAGGAUGUGCCCGAGCUCGUGGACGCGAAGAAGAAGGGCGACGGCGUCCUGGACAGUCCGGACUCGGGACUGCCCCCCAGCCCGAGCCCCAGCCACUGGGCGCUCGCGGCGGCCGGGGGCGGCGGCAGCGGGGAGCGGGCGCCGGCCCCCGGGGCGCUGGAGCCCGACGCGGCGGCCACCCCCGCGGCCCCGAAUCCAGCUUCUCUCCCCAAUGCCCUGGGCUCUGGCUGCUCGCCAAGGUUAUGCCCCCUGUCGUUUGGCGAAGGAGUGGAGUUUGACCCCUUACCACCAACGGAAGUAAGGUACACGUCCUCCGUCAAGUAUGACUCAGAGCGACACUUCAUCGACGACGUCCACCUGCCCCUGGGCCUGGCGGUGGCCUCCUGCAGCCAGACCAUCACCUGCAUCCCCAGUUGCACAUGGCGCAACUACAGGGCUGAGGUGCGCUUUGAGCCGCGCCACAAGCCGGCCCGCUUUCUCAGCACCACCAUCGUCUACCCCAAGUACCCCAAGACCGUCUACACCACCACCCUGGAUUACAACUGCCGCAAGACACAGAGGAGGUUCCUGUCCAGCGUGGAGCUCGAAGCCAUGGAGCUCGUGGGCAGUGAUUACCUGUCGGAGGAGAGCUGACUGGAGCAGGCCAGGGGGCUGGCCCGGCUUUCCUGCCUGGGUUGGCUGGGGCCAGGCUGCCUUUGUGUGCCAUUCCAGCCCCGGAAGAGUCUAACCCAGAGAUACCUCUAAGCCUAGCCUGGGGAAUUUAAAAAAAAAAAAAAAAAAAAAAAAAAAGUCACAACAUCUUCUGAUUAUUGAAAGAAUUUGAUUUUUCACAAUUUUUUCCAAUUGUUUUUAAAAGGAGUGUGUUUCCUAGUUUGCUGCUACGUAGCUUCCCCGAAGUCUCAAUUUGAUGAGAAAAUAAAAGGAUGGCUAGAGCAAAAGGAAAAUGGCCACAUUUUGAAAUAGGGAAGAGGGGAGCGUUCUUCUUCCGUUGGUCAGUUUGUCUGAGGAAGAGCUUGGAAAAAAAAUCUCUGAGAUGGAAAAAGUGAGUUGGAAGAACUUUCUGCCCCGGUGUCUUCACUGCUACGAAAGUGGUGCUAAUUCAGUGAGCUGUGACACCCAUAUGGGUUCAAUCUGUGGAGAGUUGAGUUCCAUUCUGGUUUUUUAAAUUUCCAUUUGUAUUUCCUGUUAACCAAAACUCUUGGAAUUCUCUAAAUCUUUUUUGUGAUAUCAAAAAACCCCAAACCACAAUAUGAGAUGCCUUUCAAAAAAAAGAAAGAGAGGAAGGAAGGAAGGGAAAGGCAGGCAGGCAGGAAGGAAGGAGUUCACCCUGUUCUUGCCUCUAGAGUGGGGUCAGCUCAACUGGUGGCUGAGUCCGGGGGCAACAACUUGGUUCUGGUUCCUUCCACGGGUGGGUUCCAAGCUCGGGCUCUGGUGAUGCGCCUUGAACCCCUGGCAUCUGGUAAUGUCUCCACAGGCUUGUGUAACUCUCCUGAUACGUAUUUUGGGGUUUCCAAAUACUUUCCUAGUUUUUUCAUAAGGCGAAACAUAGCAGAGGGUCCUUUGGAGAGAAAUGGCGUCUUGAAAGAAUGCUUCGGGAAAGCACUUUUGGGGGGGUCCACAGGGGGCGUUCCACUCACAGUGGGAGCCGACGGUCACACCUAGGACUUGACACCCCCGGGGAGGAGGUGGACACAGAUGUUUCUGGCGACCUGGUUCAUCAGGGCGGGCGUCCUUUCCAGUGACCUUGGGUCAACACUGCGGAGGAAUUCUGCUGGUGCCUGAGGCCUAAGCAAAAAAGCAAGGAAAUCCACCUCCCUGCCCCCAGCCAAGGGAAGCAAAGGAGAAUUGAGCAUAUGGAAUGAUGCCACAAGUCAGGCUCCAAAACCUGGGCGCUGGGGUGACCAUACACGUCUAAGUGUUCGUUUUAGUGUGACAAUCAUGGCGUUGCGUGUGAAUGGAAGAAACUGUGUGAAUUCAGCUGAACGGGCCACAGAAGAAGGGACACAGGCUGGGCCAGGUCAGGAGGGCGCGGAGGCCGGGCUGCCUCUGGCCUUCAGCCUCCUGCCCGCCCUGCCUCACCCGGCCCGUACUUCUUUCUCCUGCCGAUCCAUGUGGAUUUUGAGUAAAGAAAGUGGCAGAUGGCUUUUGCUGUUCUGAUAUCAGUGAGAAUGAAACCGUGGGUAUUUCCUUUGAAUGCAUCCAAGUUA